AGCCCGUGCACAUGGUCGUAGAGUGCCUGGCUCCUAUAAAACUGCACGACCACACACGGUCUUGGCCAUGGCUGCACCUAUCAUCAUCCUCAAAUCGCCUGCCACUCCGGAUUCGCGCUGCAUAAUCGCCUGGAUCAUCAUCAUCUGCACUUUUAACAUUAUUGAGAGAUCGCUUCGCUUUUAGUCCACUAGGGGCAAUCAUGUUACACCCCACAGCAGCAACCCUUUUAUCCGGCGCCGUCUUCGGCAGCGGGCUGACUCUAUCAGGCGUUGCGAGCCCGCGAAUCAUGAAAGACCAGUUCGCUCUCCACGACUUUCACAUGCUAGCAACAUUCCUGACUGCCUCCGCGGCGAGCACCCUCAUCAUCGCGACACACAACUACGCAACGACAGACCCCAAAAAGAACAUUUCAGCGAGACCACCAAAAGCGCUUGGCUGGCUUGGCAGCUUCAAGUACGAUGGUAAUAUUAUUGGGGGCGCAAUGAUUGGGUUGGGAAUGAGCAUGACAGGUGCUUGCCCUGGCACAGUCCUUGUACAAGCAGUAGCUGGCUCAGGAAAAGGCAGAGUCCUGGCGGCAAGUGCUUUUCUUGCGGGCGCUGUGUGGGCGCGAUGGGGACCUUCCGUGGUAACGGCACCACAGAUUCAGGCGGAAGAUUCACCACCUGCAACCGUAAUGACAACAACGGGCUGGUCUGUGUCAGGGGUGAUUCUUUGGUACGAAUUGGCCAUCGCGGCUGCCCUCGCUUCGAUACUCGCGCUCAAGUUGCACGGGCACAGUGCCGCGAUGCACCCCGUCGCCAGCGGCAUGCUCAUCGGCUCCGGGCAACUGGCGUCCGUCACUUUGAGCCGAAGUUCUGUGGGCGUAAGCAGCGUAUACCCAGACUGCGGCAGCAUGCUGUGGAACCUAUACAGAACGGAGAAGGGUCAGGAGAAGAGAACACUACUAGCGCUGCCAAACAGCCUGGUCUUUGCUUGUGGGUUGAUGGCAGGGUCUUGGCUCGCCUUGCGCAUGUUUCCGGCAGCGCGCAUCGCCAUGACUGCUACUGCAAUGGCUGGCACUGAGCCGUCGUUGCUGACGACGGUGGUUGGCGGAUUUGUGCUCGUCUUUGGGGCUCGUUUAGCCGGUGGUUGCACGAGCGGGCAUGGCAUUAGCGGUAUGGCCACUAUGGGAUUGAGCUCAUUCGUCACGGUGUUUUCAAUGUUUGGCACUGCGUUAUUGUCAACCUACUUUAUGUCUUGGUAGUAGACUACCGAGGUCUGACGGCGCAUGGAAGUCUUUCUGGCUGUUGAGGGAAUGUCGACGAAAGUAUUGCCCUUGAGUUGUUGCUUGCUGAAGCUUGGUGAGAAUUAGGGAACCCGUGAGAUACAACCACGUUUAUAAAACUAUAAGCCAACCGCCAAUAUUCACAACAUCUUUCAGUCUUUCUUACUAGCAUUGCCGUUUGUUCAGAGU